AUGAUGUGUGACGCGAAUUGGUGUGCAGUGUGUAAAGUUGAACAGUUCAAGUACAGAUGCCCGAAAUGUCAACUUAAAAGUUGUUCCCUUGCAUGUUCGAAAAAGCACUUGGAAAGCGGAUUAUGCGUUGAAGCAUGUCGUAGUGCAACACCAAAUGACAGCAUGAAAUGUGUUCCAGUUGUUGAAUUCGAACCGGAGAACGUAGUCCCGGCGGAGCUUCUCGCCCGACUUCGUGAGUCGGCGGAAUUGAAAGACGUCCUUCGGAAUCCUGAUCUGCGACGUUUUCUAACCGUUUUGUCGGCUUCAGGCAACCCAUGGAGAGAUCUGAAAGAAGCUAUGCAGUGUCCCGUUUUCAUAUCAUUUGCUGAUAUUUGUUUGAAGAUCAUCGAUCCGCCGGAAAAAGACGAGAAUCUGCUUUGAGAUGAAA